AUGCCGGUUACAAUACUUCAAGAUGAUCAAAACAAGCGCAUUACUUAUCUUCCGCCGCUCGCAUUGCAAUUGGAAGAGGAGGAACAGUAUCAAGAGAAUGCCAAGGACACAGCCGCUCUUACUGCCCUUAAUGGAGAGGGGGGGGAUGCAGCAUACGGAAAACAUCAGGAACUCAACUGGGCGCAUUACUAUAGCAAGGAUACCAAGGACACAGCUGAACGCAUUACCAAGGACACGAGAGAUACAGCUGGGUGCAUUACCAAGGAUACCAGACACAGCAUAAGCAUCACUAAGAAGACAGCAGCUCGCAUUGCAAUUGGGGAUAUAGCUGCUCGCACAGCCUUUAAAGAAGGGCAGCACAAAGAUGAUAUCAAGGACAUAGCCGCUAAAGGGACAUACAGAAAGAAUGUCAAAGAUAAAGCCGCUCGCAUUGCUAUGAAAAACCAAUAUAGAGAGGAUGCUAGGAACGUAGCUGGACGCAUUACCAAAGGCACAACUGGAAUUACCAAGGACACCAAGGAAACCAAAGACAUCAAGGACACGAAGGAUAUAGCUGAGCGCAUCAUCAAGGAUACAGCUGAAAGCAUCACAAUAAGAGGAUGGAAGAAGAAGGGCUCUCAGCGCCAGCUCACAGCGCCAGCUCACAGCGCCAGCUCACAGCGCCAGCUCACAGCGCCAGCUCACAGGGCCAGCUCACAGGGCCAGCUCACAGGGCCAGCUCACAGGGCGCCCUUUGAUUCGUGUGAAGGACGGAUAACGGGCGAAGGACGGAUGACGGACGAUGGUGCGCGAGCAGCGGGGGUGAUGGGCGACUUGCGGGGCGGCAUCUGUAGUAUAGGAUCUCGAUAUGGAAAUCCGACGGAAGAAAGAUCCGACGAAAGAAGGCGGAUAAAAGGUGGCUGUUUGACUUCGGCGACCCGAGGCCGGCAUAAACAAAAACCAAACUUCGUCUAUUGUCGUCCAUCAUCUCAUGCUGAUGUUCGUCAGACAUUAACGUCAGGAAUUCAGAUCAACUGUACCGCGUACUCGUACGUCCUUAAUGCAAGGAGAGCCAAGACAACAGGUGAGGUUGCAAGUGGCAGGCUGGCAAGUGCAAGUGCGGCGCAAAUGCAGAUAAUCCUUCUCCGGUGUCCUUGGAGUAACGAGCAAGCCUCAAAGCUAAGAAAGAUUGUUCUUACGAUAACGCAAAGUGGUCCUGGAAAAGCAUUGGUAAGCAUAAUCGUUAAAGUGAGGAGUAUCGGAAUAUCGGAGAUGGGAGAGGCCAAAAGAGCGAUAAUCGCUGGCGGUCGCGCUUGCGGGUUCUGGCCAUCUGCUGUGCGGACAGGCCCAGAGAUUAGUAAACACGAGUAA